AGAGUUAGGAAGCGCUUUGAUUGCGUUGCACGGCGUCGAGCUGUGGAGUUGAAUGGAACCGACCAACAAAAACAGAAUGCUUCUCUUGGCAGCGUAAAUAAGUGUUUAUUUUACUUGUAAUGCUUUUACCGGGACUUCACUUUAUGAACUAAUAUAUUUCUGACAAGUCUUUAAACAGCUAACCAUGGGCACGGCGAUUCCAAUUGUUCUAGUUUUUGUGGGCUGCUGCAGUAAUGUGGUGUUUCUGGAGCUGAUUGUCAGAGAAUUUCCAGGAUCUGGCAACAUAAUUACUUUUGCUCAGUUUUUAUUCAUCGCUUUGGAGGGCUUCAUCUUUGAAAUGAAGUUUGGAAGGAAGAAACCAACAAUCCCUAUCAGAAACUAUGUGAUCAUGGUGACCAUGUACUUCACAGUCAGUGUGUUUAACAACUACUCACUGAACUUCAACAUCUCCAUGCCGUUACACAUGAUCUUCAGAGCAGGAUCGCUGAUUGCCAAUAUGGUUCUGGGCAUAAUCAUUCUGAAGAAAAGCUAUUCAUUCAGCAAAUAUCUGUCUAUAGCACUAGUUUCAGCCGGCAUCUUCAUAUGCACACUCAUGUCUGCAAAGCAAGUGAAUGCACCACGUGAGGGUUCAGACGAGCAAGGAUUCUAUGCGUUUAUGCGCUGGCUUAUAGGUGUUGGCAUGUUGACCUUUGCUUUACUAAUGUCUGCAAGAAUGGGCAUUUUCCAGGAGAUGCUAUAUAAAGUGUAUCAAAAACGUUCCAAAGAAGCGCUCUUCUAUAAUCACUGCCUGCCUCUACCUGGCUUCCUGCUUUUUUCUACAGACAUCUACAACCACUGUUUACUCUUCAAUGAAAGCACUCCGGCACUGCUUCCUUGGAUCGGUGGGUCUGUGCCUGUAAUGUGGAUCUACCUUCUGAUGAAUGUCAUCACACAGUAUGUGUGCAUCCGUGGUGUUUUCAUUCUGACUGCAGAGACCAGCUCGCUGACAGUCACCCUGGUGUUGACACUAAGGAAGUUCCUUAGCCUCAUCUUCUCCAUCAUUUACUUCCAAAACCCCUUCACGACCUGGCACUGGAUAGGCACCACUGUGGUGUUCCUGGGCACCAUGAUCUACAGUGAUGUGUUUAGCAGCGUGUACACGGCCCUGCGUGGACCUGCUGAAAGGGAGAAGACAGAGUAAUGUAGAGGAAAGGACAUGCCUGCUCAAAAAGGCUCCUCUCUUGGUGUCUGCUGGUGCUUAAAGAGAUUUAUUUUCUCUAGUAACCCUGGUGUAUUUUUAUACUGUCUACUGUUUUCUUAAUCCUUCAUGAAGUUGUAGUCUGUCAGUUGCAUAUAAUAAAUUCACAUACA